AUGGCCCGCCUCGCCUCAAAAGUCUGCAUAAUAACAGGCUCCUCGUCCGGCCUCGGCCGCGCCAUAGCUCUAACCUACGCCGCCGAGGGCGCUCACAUCGUCUGCGCAGACCUGCAGCCCGCCGCCCGCGCCGAGGUCGAAUCCGAAGGCCUCGCCAACACGGACGACCUCAUCCGCCAAAAUGACGGCAGGGCCAUCUUCAUCAAGACAGACAUGACGAAACCGGAGCAAGUCGAGAACCUAGUCUCAAAAUGUGUCUCGGAGUUUGGCAGACUCGACGUCCUCGUCAACAACGCCGGCAUCUCCCUCGAAGCAGGCCGCCCGCCCCUCGGCAUCCACGAAACCCCCCUCGAGACCUGGGACCUCACAAUGUCCGUCAACGCCACCUCCGUCUUCCUCGGCUGCAAAUACGCCAUCGCGCAGAUGCUCACCCAGCCGCUCCUCCCCUCCGGCGACCGCGGCUGGAUCGUCAACGUCUCGUCCAUCUUCGGCCUCGUCGGCGGGCGGCACAAUAUUUCGUACGCGGCGUCCAAGGGCGCCGUGUCGAAUCUGACGAGGCAGGUUGCGAUGGACUAUGCGGAGGCGAGGAUCCAUUGUAAUGCGAUUUGUCCGGGGUAUGUCAAGACUGCGAUUUUCGUGAAUACAGUCAAGACGCUUCAUAGUCCGGAGGCGAUCGCCAAGCAGCACCCUUUCCGUGGCGUGGGUACGCCGGAAGAUAUUGUUGGCGCGGCUGUGUUUCUGGCGAGUGAUGAUGCGAGAUGGAUUACGGGGAUUUGCAUGCCUGUGGACGGAGGCUACACUGCGCAGUAG